CACCGCAUAACCACCGUCCACUCCCGUCCCCCUCUCUCCUCCCAGAUCAACCGAAUCGACCAAUCAAAUCAAGCAGCCAAAAAUGGCGCAGCUGCAGGAGACGUACGCGUGCUCGCCGGCGACGGAGCGCGGGCGCGGGAUCCUGCUGGCGGGGGACGCGAAGACGGAGACGAUCGCCUACUGCUCCGGCCGCAGCGUCGUCUUCCGCCGCCUCGACGCGCCGCUCGACGCCUGGGCAUACACGGAGCACGCCUACCCGACCACCGUCGCCCGCUUCUCCCCCAACGGCGAGUGGGUCGCCUCCGCCGACGCCUCCGGCUGCGUCCGCGUCUGGGGCCGCCACGGCGACCGCGCCCUCAAGGCCGAGUUCCGCCCCAUCUCCGGCCGCGUCGACGACCUCCGAUGGUCCCCCGACGGCAUGCGCAUCGUCGUCUCCGGCGACGGCAAGGGCAAGUCCCUCGUCCGCGCCUUCAUGUGGGACUCUGGCAGCACUGUUGGUGACUUUGAUGGGCACUCAAAGAGAGUUUUGAGUUGCGAUUUCAAGCCAACCCGACCAUUCCGCAUCGUCACAUGCGGUGAAGAUUUUCUGGCAAACUACUAUGAAGGACCACCAUUCAAAUUCAAACAUUCCAUAAGGGAUCACACUAACUUUGUUAACUGUAUCCGGUACGCACCUGAUGGAACCAAGUUUAUUACUGUGAGUUCAGAUAAGAAGGGUUUAAUAUAUGAUGGCAAAACUGGAGACAAGAUUGGAGAGCUAUCCAGUGAAGGCAGUCACACUGGGAGCAUAUAUGCUGUUAGCUGGAGUCCUGACAGUAAACAAGUUCUAACAGUUUCUGCUGAUAAAACUGCGAAAGUAUGGGAUAUCAAUGAGGAUGCAAGUGGAACGUUGAACAGAACUUUGGUUUGUACUGGUAUUGGUGGUGUCGAUGACAUGCUUGUGGGUUGCCUCUGGCAGAAUGAUAAUCUUGUCACAGUCUCUCUUGGUGGGACAUUUAAUGUCUUCUCCGCAAGCAAUCCAGACAAAGAGCCAGUAUCAUUUGCAGGACAUUUGAAGACUGUUAGUGCGCUGGCACUUUUUCCUCAAAGUAACCCAAGAACUAUGCUAUCUACAAGCUAUGAUGGGGUUAUCUUAAAAUGGAUACGGGGUGUUGGAUAUGGUGGCAGGUUGAUUCGUAAGAACAACACCCAGAUCAAAUGCUUUGUUGCCACAGAAGAGGAGCUGAUCACUUCAGGGUAUGAUAACAAGGUCUUCAGAAUUCCUGUUAAUGGAGAUCAGUGUGGAGAUGCUGAGUCAACUGAUGUAGGGGGUCAGCCAAAUGCUUUAAACAUUGCACUUCAACAACCUGAGCUUGCACUGGUUACCACAGAUUCUGCGAUCGUAUUGCUGAACAAGUCAAACGUCACUUCCACAACCAAAGUUAGUUACACCAUCACUUCGUCUGCUGUUUCUCCUGAUGGAACUGAAGCUAUCGUGGGUGCACAAGAUGGGAAACUGCGGAUCUAUUCCAUCAGUGGGGAUACUGUUACAGAAGAAGCGGUACUUGAAAAACACCGGGGUCCUAUUACUACCAUACAUUAUUCGCCAGAUGUUUCCAUGUUUGCAUCUGCUGAUUCCAACAGGGAAGCUGUCGCAUGGGAUCGAGCAACUCGAGAGGUGAAAGUGAAGAACAUGCUGUUCCACACAGCUCGGGUAAACUGCCUGGCCUGGUCACCCGACAGCCGUUUCGUCGCCACAGGCUCGCUGGACACCUGCGCAAUCAUAUACGACGUAGACAAGCCGGCAUCCAGCCGCAGCACCAUCAAGGGAGCUCACCUCGGCGGGGUCCACGGGAUCUCCUUCACCGACAACGACACCCUGGUGACCGCCGGCGAGGACGCGUGCGUCCGUGUCUGGAAACUGGCGGCGCAGCAGUAGGCGCGCAUCCUCGUUCAUCAAUUAGCAAUGGCCGCCUAUCGAAGGAAACAUCGCUAUGGUCGGUCGCUGUUUUCCUCAGGCCGCGGUGGCGGCGCUUUCUAGUCUGUUUUUUUUUCCUUUUUUCUUUUUCUCCGUGUUGUGAUUCUUUCGUGUGCUUUGAGGAAGAACCCUACGGUCAUCGUUUCCUUCCCACGCGCCGUCUGGUUUUGUGAGAUGCUGAGAAUACAGGGGGUGAUGGUGUGUUGUGACAUUUUGUUUUCCGUGUGCUCCCUGGAGUGGAGUGGUUGUUAAUAACUAAGACAACUUAUGUGCUUC